AGGUGAUUCCAAAUAUUUCAAGAUGGCGGACAGUGUGUAAUUUAGAAACAACUUCAUAUUUCCAUCCAUUGCUUCCAACGUACUCUUUAACAAGUGAAACACAGAAGACGCUGCCAUGUCAAACAAGUGGGCAGAGAGCAGCCAGGAGAGUAAACUAGUCACCACAGUUACACAUGUCAGCUUGAAGAACCAGACACAUGGGGGGCCUGGGGGGCUGGUCAGUUAUGAGGAUCUGCUGAUUGCCCAAUAUCUAGAUGAGCUGAGGAAUACACGCAAAACAAAAGGGGCAGAUGAUGGACCAUGUAUCAAACCAUCCCCCUACACUCAGAAGCUUCCCCACUCUGACUACACAUACAAGUACCCACGUCGGCGCCCCAUGUCCGCCACUUAUGCUGGGGGAAUGGGAAAGCCCAAAAUUGAUGCUAAGUUCAUCGCAGACUCAACCCUGUGGGAUCCUGCAACGCCAAGGAACGAUGAUGAAGGGCCAGAGAAAUACCAAGUGUACUUCACUGAGAAGAGUCUGAGGAAACAGCGACCUGCCAGUGCUCCUGUAAAAACCAAAAAACUUAACAGACCAACGAGUGCGGCUUCCACACUCUCCUAUUAUGGAAGAAGUAGACCAUUCUCUGGCAGGUCUUCUCACUAUGGAGGACGUAAGAUCAAGUCCCAGUACAAGAAGCAGCCUCAUACCAUCAGAGUGACAGCCUUCAAGAAUGGCACUCGGGAACCAUUCCUCAGGAUUGCAGCCCCAAAUAUCAAAAUGCUACUGGAAUAUUGCACAGACAAGCUUAACCUGCCAUUUGCUGCAAGGCGAGUGUUUUUAGAGGAUGGGGUAGAGGUUUUCACAGAAAAAGACAUACCACUGGAUGGAGAGGUGUACAUCUCAACUGGGGAAAACUACCGUGACCCGUACGCAAGCACCAAACGUCACAUAAUCUUGAACAAUGGGGCUAAGUGGAGUCUUACAGGGGUGAUUUUACCAUUGGAGGGGAAGAAAAGAGUCUCCAAGCCGAGACUCUCCAAGAGAAUGAAGAAGUUAUCGGAGCACAAGUGUGUUCGUAUCAUCGUGUACAGGAAUGGCAAAAGCACAGAGCCUGUGGAGGUUGUGGCAGACCUCUCAAAGAUGGAGGAGUUUCUGGUUGCCUGCACAUCUAAGCUAGAUCUGAGAAGUCAUGCAAAGAUACUUUAUGAUUGGGAGGGGAAUGAAAUCACCCAUCUGGCUGAGACCCCUAUCCUGGAUGAGUGCCUGCAACCAGGGGGUAACUAUGUGCUGGGCCCUAUUUGGGUGUCAAAUGGGGAGGGGUUCAGCCCCUCAGGCACCCGUGACUUCCUUAUCACCAUACAAGAGGUCCUAAAGGCCAGGCUCAAGGAGGCAAAAUUAUUCAGAAAGGAGCUGUUUCACAUGCGUGAUGGAGAGAAGGAUGAGGUUAAGGUUGCCGUCAAGAUCCUGUCCAUGUCUUCCAAUGAGGUUGAGGAGGCUAUCAUCUAUACUGACAAUGACAUGGAGCAGUUGAAUGAUGCGUUGCAGGGGAUUAAGGAGAAGCUUGACAAUCUCCAGGAGCUGGUAAUAAAGGAGGAGGCUGAGGGGACGCACUUCCGCAUGCGACACAUUCGCAAACUUGAUGACGAUAAGACAUUCAAGAUGGUUGGCAUUCCUGGCCUCAAACUCAAGAUCCAUGAAAAUGGGACAGUGAAUGCACCUCGCGAAUUUUACUUCAACCUGAGGAAGGCAGCCCAGGGAAGCACCAAGGAAAUCAUUCUACAGAGGCUCCUGGAUGAAUUGUCCAACAUGUUUGUGAACCCAAUGAAGCCAAAGAUUGCCCCUGUUGCCAAAAAAAUAUUCAAUGCAUUUGGACGGGAGAUUACUGAUGUGUAUACACUAGAGUCAGAGCAAGAAGUCUGGGUCUCAUUCGGAGAACCUUACAUCUCACCAGUCACAUACUGCCUACAGGUGAUAUUUGACCUGGCUCGGGGCAAGGAUGUAUUUGGAGAGAAACAGGUUAUACUUCGGGAACAAUUACAGCAGGAUGGUAUUGAUGAAGGCAACCCGCAACAGGCCGCAAACUAUGAGUAUUAUGAGGCCCAUAUUGGGUUCCCUCCUGGCUAUGAGUAUGAACCAUGUAAAUAUGAGGGAGAAAGGGACCAUUUAGCCAACCUAGCUAAUAUGGCAGAGCUUGACCCUAGGGGAUCAUUUCUACAGUACAUGCCAAUUCCCUCAGCAGUGCUGUACCCAGAGAUCAUUAUGAGUCAGAAACUGUCCAAGGGCCACAAGGAACUCUGGCCUUCUGAGUCCCAAAUAUGGGUCAUUUCCAAGUCUGGAUUCAUCUACUGUAAGCCGUUUCCCCAGCUGUGUUUAGCUGUGUCAGACCAGAAGGUGGACACCACCCUGACAGGCAAGGAAGCUCCCGUAUCUGGCUAUGUGGUCACCCUGCAGAAGAAAAUGGUUGGCAACCCACACCAGAUGUGGACAUUUAACACAGACGCUACCAUCAGCUCAAAGGCAUAUGGGGACCUGCUAUUGACAUACCUUGGUAAGAAGUUUGGUGAGGAGUCAGAUGACUCGGUUCAACCGGAGGGUGUGAAACCGGGCAACAGGGUUUACAUGCUCCUGGCUGAACCCCUGAAGAAGGGCAAGAGCCUUCAGAGGUUUGCCAUGAAGCAGGAGCGGUUAGUAAACAUGGGCCAGUGGAAACACAAUGAUGCCACCAACCCAGAAUGGAACAAGCAGGCCCUCUCCUGGCCUGUUCGGUCAGAUGGAUCUCUUAACCAGGACUAUGACUGGCCAAUGGAAGGCUUCAUCCUGCCAUGUGCACCAAAACUACACAAGAAAACCCAUGAUAGCGAACUCUCAGGAAUGACGCCACUGAGACUCAUGGUAGUGAGGAACGGAGAGAGGAAUACCGGCAUGGCUGUACCAGUGGUUGGCCCUAACCUCACCAAUUUCAUGAAGGACAUCUCAAAGAAGCCUCCUCGUCCAGAGAAGAAGGGCAGACGUCGCCAGGUGCAGGAGGAAACUAUUCCUGACACAGACGAGGGCAAUAUCGAGACGGAUGUCAACCUGCACUGUCGUGACCUCACAGUGCGGGAACUAGAGUUCAGCAUGUUCUUGGACCACUGCACUUCCCUACUGAACCUCCCAUUUGCUGGGCGGCGCUUGUAUGACAAUGGCGGGAAUGAACAUUUCACCUUAAAAACCCUCAAGCGGGACCAGUUAGUGUAUGUCUCAUGUGGGGAAAUCUGGACUGACCCAAUGCUGUCAAAGGUGGAGCAACAGAGGCGAUAUCUGCUCUCUCAGCUGGCACAAGAUGUAGCCAAAAUGCGGCAGUUUGCUGCUUUAAGAAACCCUGAACGUUAUGUGCUGCAGGUUGACCCAAGCCUGCAACCAGGUUCCAACGCAAUUGUUCACCAGCAGUGGACAAAGGAGGAUGACCAGCUAGCGCAAGAGGAGGUGGACACACAGAGCAUCCCUGUGGGUAAACCACCACCUAGUGUCAUCUCUGACAAUGAAUUGCUGGGUGACAAGUCAGCUCAUGAGCGAGCGCACGAGAAGUCCGAGCAGCGGCUUAACAACCUCAAGUGGCCAUGGGAGAGGCUCGUCAACGUUAACAAUAGCUUUGACACUGAUCCAGAGGCCAACAAGUUUACAGACAGGGAGAUGUAUGAGAAAUUCAAGCCCAAGCAGGUUACAAAAAUCUCCCGUGACACCCUACAGAGGUUUGUAUUUGAAGAUGGCUAUAUCGCGCUAGCAAGCAAUCGCCAGCUGGUGCUUGGGUUGUCAGAGCCGGAGGGGCGUGUUGUCGAGGUCCACCUUGUCAAGCGGAGACCUGACGACGUCUAUCAGCAGUGGCUUAUGAAGGAAAAUGGAGAGAUCCGUCCUAGAUACAGUCUCCAACUUGUGCUAACAGUUUCCAUGCCAAACAAUGAACCUUUUGCUGAGGAUGAAGAAGGCCGACCUUUGACCUUUAUAGGAUGCAAGGUCACGCUCCAAACCCGUAGAACAAAUGAGUUUGGCAAAGCACACCAGCGAUGGCGGUAUGACGCAGAGACUGGGUUCAUCCACGCUUUCUUUGCGGACCUGCCUGAUAAGGAAAUAACAGCUGCCAACAAGGCUGAUGUCUGUACCUACGCCAUAGCCAACACUUCAAAGAUUGACCAGCCGGGCUAUGUCGCGUCUGUGCCGGUGCAGGUGUCCCCAGAUCGAGCGACUGUAAAGCGGAUCAAGGUUUGCAUGUCAUGUGCACGUGCCAUGAGAGGACGUUACAAGCUGGACAGGCUCCCAGACAGUAGACAGUUCUCCUGUGCAAUGGGAAAUGCUAAAGCCCUGAAACUACAGCAGAUUGGCAGUUUCCGUGUGCUGAACGGGAAGGUUGAUUUGUCAACGCAUGAGUAUGCACUCACCCUGCAGGAUUGGGAGGAUAAACUCGCAAAGCUAAUGGUUGAGACGAGUGCCCGUGCCAUUACCAAGGAGAUCAAUGUGGCAAGCACUGUACAGACUGUGAAGGUUCUGGCUUACAAGAAUGGAGAGGGCCGUCUCCGGCCAGGCGAGAUCAUCUGUGGAUCUAGUGUUGUAGGGAUGCUGAACCAGUGUACAAUGCGACUGGGGUUGAACCAGGCAGCUGUCCGUAUGUUCACAGAGGACGGAACGAUGAUCGUCGAGGUAGAAGACCUUGUUGACUGGGCUGUACAGAACUACCGUUCACUCAUGGCUGACCAUCUGGAGAAGGUUUGCCAGGGAAAACAAGACAAUGGUGAGGACGAGGGUAACCAGCGAGGGGAGGGUGAAGGUCAGGACUCACAAGAGGAAGGCCAGGAUAAGGCUGAGACUGAUGACAAGGAGACGGACAAGUCGUCACGUCAGCGAGACUUCCUGCUGUCUCAGGUACAGAUGCCAUCGGUAGAGACCAUCCUUCGAUAUCCCAUCGAGAUCUGGGUCUCCAGCGGGAAACCCUUUGUACCGCCAGAAGUUGUUGAGUCCAAAGUUGAAAAUCGAAAGAAGAAGCGAGCAUUUAGGGCUGCAGUUUCUCUGGAAUUGGACAUGGAGAAACAUAUCCUGAGGAUUAUGAAGGGUCGUCGUCUGGAUGAGUUGAGCCCGGGCGAGUACAAGGGCACUAAGAAUGCUACGAAGCCUGUGGUGGUAGAAGGCCACUGGGAAGAGCCCACAGCUGAGGAACAGCAGAAACAUGACUCUGUGCAUAAACUACAGGAGCACCUUGCUGAGGUGAAGAAAUACCAAAAGGAGAAGCAAGCUCCCCUUGUCCUGGAUCUGAAUAAGUCCCUCUAUAAACAACCUGACACGAAGCGUGUCCAGGUGUACCCUAAUGGUGAGUCAAUUGAGCGUACCACAUACAUCUGGGGGGACAGUUUCCAGCAGCUCCUCGACAACGCUUCUAUGCGACUCAACCUCUGGCAACCUGCCAAGAGGCUCUUCAAUAUGGAGGGGAAAGAGGUGACCCAGUUUUCGGAAAUCCAGAAGGAUGAGCUACUGUGUGUGUCAACAGGUCGCCCAUUCAAACAGAACCAGUCUAGCCGACUUGACGUUGAGAUCAAGGCCAACUGGUCCCGGGCUCACAAGCAGUAUGGGGCCACAGCAACUGAUGUACAUGUAGAGGCCCCUGUCAAUCCUAAAGUUAAUGUGGAUCCAUUUGGGCCUCCAGCCCUGGCUCUGCCACUGAACAAUCAACCCAAGCCGAUCAAAUCCAGGUCAGAGUCACCGAAGGCCUGCUGCUAGGUCCUCACCUGCACCCUCCCACACACACACACGCACGCACAGCUGCAGUAACUUCUAAGCCAUCUUCGCAAACUCUGAGAACAUUAACUUACAUUACGGAGAACCCCUGAUUGAUUCAGCUCAUCAGGGGAAGUUACACAGUGUACCAGACCAAGCUUACCCAGCAGAGAGGACUGCCCUCCCUUGUAGUCAUAGCAACUAGAGAACAUGUCUGUUCAUGUAGUCUGUGCUGAACAUUCUGUCUAACGCACAUCUUUUUUAGUGCUUGGAUGUGACUUUUUUGACUUGACGUUUUUAAUUUUGAAAGUGUUUAGUGUUUUUCUAAGUCAGUCUUUCUCGUUCAUUAUACCAUAUUAUUUGUUGAAGGAGCUUUGCUUAUUUCACUUAUAAAAUGUAAAAUCUGUAAAAUAGAUAUUCAGAGCAAACCUUAAAUAAAUGCUUGAAUAGUUACUGGUUAUGGUUAACACAGAUAUAUUGCUUCGUAGCAUUUAUGGAAAGGUUUUGUACUAGCAAUAGUGUUCAUAUAUUGAACUUACCAUACUUAUCUGUGAUAGGACAUAUUUAUAUUGUCUGUUUAUGAUGAUUUUAUAUGCUAUGUUAUGAUAGUCUUAUUGAAAUUAUUAAAAAAAUUGCUCAUAUACUGUUGUGAUGUACUCAUUAGUUAAUAUGGAUAGUACGGAUCCUGUUAAAGCUAGAAAAAUUUAGAGCAGCUGAUUAUGGCACAUACAUUUGUAUACGCCUGCCUAUAUGUGAUGUCAAUGGAUAUGAGAAUAUAUUUUAUUAUAAUGUUUGUGGUCUGGACUUGAAUGAUAUGCUUUACCAUGAGGUUUGUAGUCUGGACUUGAAUGAUAUGCUUUAUUAUGAGGUUUGUAGUCUGGACUUGAAUGAUAUGCUUUACCAUGAGCUUUGUAGUCUGGACUUGAAUGAUAUGCUUUACCAUGAGCUUUGUAGUCUGGACUUGAAUGAUAUGCUUUACCAUGAGCUUUGUAGUCUGGACUUGAAUGAUAUGCUUUACCAUGAGGUUUGUAGUCUGGACUUGAAUACUUUGCUUUAUUAUGAGGUUUGUAGUCUGGACUAAAAUUAUAUGUUUUAUUAUGAUUUUUAUAAUCUGGACUUGAAUUCUUUGCUUUACCAUGAGGUUUGUAGUUGCUUUUUGUUAGUUGAUAGGAAUGUUGCAAUAGCAUAGAAUGCAUUUUUGAUUUUCAUUUUGUAAACAUCUACCAUUUUCUGACAAUAUUUUUAUCAAUAACUCUUUAUAACAAGGUUGUUGGUUAGUUGCUGAAAAAUUUAGCAUUUUAAUAUUGCUUUAUACACAUACUGUAUUUGUUGAUAAGGGUAAGAUCCAAUACAAAAAUGUACUCUGUUUUUUACAUAUCACUUUUUGUCGGCUUAUGCCCCCAUUUUAUUUAACUGUCCUUUUAUAAUACCAGUAAAGCAACUCUUUGCAGCUGUACUGUUUAAGGGGUGUUACCGGUAAUGGAUUUUCAUUACAAAACUUAUCCUAGGAAUCAUAAGUCAUUUUAAUUUAAUUUGUGAUAUCUUUUUUAUAUACAUAUUUAUAUGGAUAUUUUUAGAAUUUUAAUUUUAAUCUUGAUCUGUACAUUCCGUCCUGCUCUGUUUUGUUUUACCUGUGAUUGUUCUCUGUACACCUAGACAUUUUGUUUAAAUGUAGAAAUAAAGUCUGAAAAUAU